UCCGAGUGCGGAUUGUGCUGGAUUCUUAUCCGCACUUCGAGUGCGGAUUGUGCUGGAUUCUUAUCCGCACUCCAAGGCUCGAAGUGCGAUCGCAGCGCGCCGCGCGUUUAUUUCAAAACGGUCAGUUAGGGAGUUAGGUCAGUUGUCAGUCUGGUGUCUGGUCAGUCGGUCAGCCUGGUCAGCCUCGCUAGUCGCGCACACGUGUCUGGUAGUGCCUUACACACUGAUCAGUUCAACGUGGUCUACGAGGCCCCGGGCCCCGCUUCCUUGACGCUUUCGCCUCUGGCAGUGCCUAUACACACUGUCCAGCUAUCUUGUAGGCGUAGUGUCAGUGAUCAGGCAGAGACUGCCGCCUAAAUGCCAACGUCAACGUUUCGAUCGUAGCACGUUUCAAUCACGCUGGCUUUGCCAGCCAUGUCCGAUACUUCGGACCUGCUGGAAGAUGACGGCGCUGAAGUUGUGCCGGCCAUGUCCGUGUCAGGUACUUCGGACAUACUGGAAGAUGACAUCGCUGAAGCCACUGAAGCUGUGCCGGCCAUGUCCGUGUCAGGUACUUCGGGCCUACUGGAAGAUGACGUCGCUGAAGUUGUACGAAUCGGUGCUGCCUUUGACGAUUUCCAAUCAUUCGACAAGGCUUUCAAGGACUACCAAGCAGCAACAUUCCAGCUCUUCGUGGUGAAACGAUCGAAGUCCGUAGUAGUAGCCAACAGAGGAAUAGACCCAUGCAAUGCGCUGAAACAAGAACUUGCGUAUGCUAAUGUGACAUUCCAGUGCAAGCAUGGCGGGAUGCCGCGAAAGGAAGGAACGGGCUCCCGACCUAAUCAACGGACAGCGAAGGUGGACUGCACGGCAUAUGUCAAGUGCAAGUCCAGCAAAGAAAUGCAGAAGCUUGUGGUUGUCGACGUCUGCCUCCAGCAUACUGGCCACGAGGUGAGUGAGUCAGUAUACCGGCACUAUCCACAGAAUCGCCGCCUCACCACUGAGGAAGAGCAGCUUGUACAAGAGCCUGUAACCGAGCUGCAGGUGAACCCCUCUCUUCUGAGAAACUUCCUGCAAAGCAAGACAGGGAAGCCACUCACUGCAAAGGACAUAGAAAAUGUGGUGGCGCGCCUGAAAGGGAACAAGAAACCGGACAUCGAGCAACUGGGGGAGGAGAUCAAGGAGCUGUUUCGGCAAGAUCCCACAGCAGCAGUGACUCUGGGCACGAACAACUCAAAUGAGAUGGAGCUUCUCCUCAUCCAGACCAGCAUGAUGGCCGAGUUCUACAAGAAAUUUCCUGAAGUGCUGCUUCUAGACGGCACAUACAGGACCAACAACUUGAAGAUGGCUCUCUUUGUUUUCAUGGUUGUUGAUGGAAAUGGAUCGAGCCAAGUCGUUGCAUACUGCUUUGUCAGCAGUGAAGAUCGUGCACACAUGGACUCUAUGAUGCAAACGUUUGUUGGCCUUCAGGGUGUUGAGAAGACCAAAUGUGUCAUCGUCGACAAGGACUUCAAAGAGAUUAGGGCCAUCCGAAACAACUUCUCGUCAGAUGCCGUUGUUCAGCUCUGCGAGUUUCACGUGAAGAAAGCACUGAAGAGAGCCGUGACGAGCAGCAAGGAUGAUGCUGACAAGGACAGGCUGAACAGUCUUUUGGUCAAGAUGAUUCAUGCACCGAAUGAAGAGGCCUACGACGUUCUGAAGGCAGAGCUUGACCAAACUGCCAGUGAAGGCUUUAAAGCAUACUUCGAGAAGAACUGGCACAAGAUGCAAGACAUGUGGGUCCGCUACCGCUGCGACCAGCAUUUCAACCUUGGGAACAACACUACAAACCGGGUGGAAUGCCACAACUCGAAACUAAAAGCGGUUCUCAAGGUCAGUGACAAAAUCCACGUCGCUCUGAAGUCCAUGCUGAAGCUGCACAGCAUCAAGAUUGUUGAGUCUGAACACCUGCAUGCCCUUAAUGCCAGCUCAUCAUUCUUUACCUACAAGAGCAACACUGACCUCAUUCAACAGUGCUCUUCACUUCUGACUCCAUUUGCAACUGGGAAAGUCGUCUGCGAAGAACAGAAGGCAAACGUCAUGCCCGAAGCUUCUGUUUCUGACUUCAAUGAAGACUAUGCUGUCACGACUCGGAGAGGUCAAUAUGUAGUGUCCUACUCGCUGACAAGCUGCACCUGCCGAACAUUUGCGACAAUGGGAGUGGUCUGUCGCCACAUGAUCCUUGUAUCAUGGCAGACAAGACGUGACAUAGAUGUUGUAAGUGCAACCAGCUCCAGGUGGCUGAGAGCAGCGCAGCCAUACCUCCCUGCACAGGCCAGCGAUCAGGGCGCAGUGCAUCUUCAACGCACACGGCUCAAAGAUCUCGACUACAGCACAGCAUCGAGAGGCACUAAAUAUAACCAUGCUCUUUGUCUCUUGAAGGACAUUGGUGAUCUGGUCGCAGAAUGUGGGUCUGAAGAGUUCACACGCCGAAUGGAUUUAAUAAAGAAACUAAAAGCGAUGUGGAUGGCAAACAAGACGGUCGAGCUCUGGAAUAGCGACUGUAGUGAAAGUGAUGUGGACUUCACUCGAGAGCCUGGCAUGGACAAUCCGGGAGCAUCUCCAGGUGACAGUGACCUGCAACAACAAAACAUCAGGAGCCGGCACAUCACCCCUGCUAUGUCAUGCCUGACUAGCAACAUGUCGCUGGAUGCAAGAACAGCAGCAGUGUCUGUGAGCAUGCCGCCGACUCACCGGUCCGGCCAAGACUCCCAGUCCCCUGGCCUGAGGACACCUGCCGCUUCGCUCGCGACUAAGCCGCCGACCCACCAGUCCUGCCAAGACUCCAGGUCUCCUGGCUUAAGGACUCCUGCCGCUGCGCUCGCAAGCAAGCCGCCGACUCAGCAGUCCCGCCAAGAGUCCCAGUCCCCUGGCCUGAGGACACCUGCCGCUUCGCUCGCGACUAAGCCGCCGACCCACCAGUCCUGCCAAGACUCCAGGUCUCCUGGCUUAAGGACUCCUGCCGCUGCGCUCGCAAGCAAGCCGCCGACUCAGCAGUCCCGCCAAGAGUCCCAGUCCCCUGGCCUGAGGACACCUGCCGCUUCGCUCGCGAGUAAGCCGCCGACCCAGCAGUCCUGCCAAGACUCCCAGUCCCUUGGCCUGAGGACACCUGCCGCUUCGCUCGCGAGUAAGCCGCCGACCCACCAGUCCUGCCAAGACUCCAGGUUUCCUGGCGUAAGGACACCUGCCGCUUUGCCCACAAGCAAGCCGCCGACCCAGCAGUCCCGCCAAGAGUCCCAGUCUCCCGGCGUAAGGACUCUUGCCGCUUUGCCCGCAAGCAAGCUGCCGACCCAGCAGUCCCGCCAAGUCUCCAUGUCUCCCGGCGUAAGGACUCUUGCCGCUUCGCCCGCAAGCAAGCUGCCGACCCAGCAGUCCCGCCAAGACUCCCAGUCUCCCGGCGUAAGGACUCUUGCCGCUUUGCCCGCAAGCAAGCUGCCGACCCAGCAGUCCCGCCAAGUCUCCAUGUCUCCCGGCGUAAGGACUCUUGCCGCUUCGCCCGCAAGCAAGCUGCCGACCCAGCAGUCCCGCCAAGACUCCCAGUUUCCUGGCGUAAGGACACCUGCCGCUUCGCCCACGAGCAAGCCGCCAAUCCAGCAGUCCCGCCAAGUCUCCAGGUCUCCCGGCGUAAGGACUCUUGCCGCUCCGCCCGCAAGCAAGCUGCCGACCCAGCAGUCCCGCCAAGACUCCCAGUUUCCUGGCGUAAGGACACCUGCCGCUUUGCUCGUGAGCAAGCCGCCGACCCAGUGGUCCCGCCAAGACUCCAAGUUUUCCGGCCUGCGGACACCUGCCGCUGCGCUCGCGAGCAAGCUGCCGACCUGCCAGUCCCCACAGAUAUUGUAUCUUUCAUCCUCUUCAGCAAAAAGUGUUAAUUCACAUUCUUCUUUUCAGACUUCUGAUUCAAAGGUACCAUCGGUAGCAGUGCUUGGAAGCACAUCUCCAGUGCAACAGUUGCCGAGGAAGGCACUUUUAAUACCUUCAAGUCAUGACUACCAGCUUCCAGGUGCAGCAUCACGGAAAGUGGACUCACCAAAUCAGGUUCUGCCCCUUGAACAAAGUCAAGGCUCCCAGCUUGCAGGUGUACCAACAGGACAGGGCUCACCGGAUCAGGUCCCACCCUUUGAACAAAGUCAAGGCUUCCAGCUUCCAGAUGGGGCAGCAGGACAGGGCUCACCGGAUCAGGUCCCACCCUUUGAACAAAGUCAAGGCUUCCAGCUUCCAGAUGUGGCCGUAGGACAAAGCUCGCUGGAUCAGGUCCCACCCUUUGAACAAAGUCAAGGCUUCCAGCUUCCAGGUGCGGCAGCACAGAAAGCAAACUCGCUUGUCCAGGUUCUGUCCAUUGAACAAAGUCAAGGCUUCCAGCUUCCAGAUGUGGCAGCAGGACAAGACUCACCGGAUCAGGUUCCACCCCUUGAACAAAGUCAAGGCUCCCAGCUUGCAGGUGUACCAACAGGACAGGGCUCACCGGAUCAGGUUCCACCUUUUGAACGAAGUCAAGGCUUCCAGCUUUCAGGUGUGGCAGCAGGACAGGGAUCACCGGAUCAGGUUGCACCCUUAGAACAAAGUCAAGGCUUCGAGCUUCCAAAUGUGGCAGCAGGACAGAGCUCACCAGAUCAGGUUCCACCCAUUGAACGAAGUCAAGGCUUCCAGCUCUCAGGUGCAGCAAGUGUAAUUGCAGAAUCGUUAACCAAGGCUCCAUCCAUGGACUUAAAUCAAGGUUGUGAGUCUUCUGGGACAGGAGGAGCAAGUGCAGCAGUUGACCAUGCGCUGGAAGGUGUAAGAGUGUCAGCUCGAAAGAGACCACGAGGAAACCCCAGUGGCUCAAAAGACUCUUGCGUAGGGGUCCGAUUUCCUUCGAGAAAAAAGACAAAUCAGCGGUCGUCCAGUUGCUCAUUCCUUGCACUUCCCACCAAGGAGAAAACCUUGCGUAUGUUGCUUUGGUUCCUUGAUGAAGAGACUGCAUCAGACACUUUAAAGCAUGGAUAUUGUGUGCAGGAGAGGGACAUAUCUGUCAUGUGCCGAUCAUUGUCGAGUGGCGCCUUAGACAGCCGAGCUCCUAUUUUGACGUUGAAGAAGUACUUUUCUAGAGGUGCUUGGUCCAAAGUCACCGAACUUAUGAAGAAGAAAAAAGAACAAGGCCUGUGGAUUUGUCCCAAAUGUGACAUUGAGGAUGACCAUUCCAUCAAAAUGAUAUCAUGUGACUUGUGCCUGGAGUGGUAUCACUGGCCUUGUGUGGGUAUUAGCAAGAAAUCCGUUCCUACCGGCGAUUGGUUCUGCGAAAGCUGCAAAUAGGAAGAGACUUGAUUGCGACUCCUGCUGAACAGCUAGAACAACCUUUUCUUGCAAUGUUUAAGCCAUGUUCUAAUACCUAAUUAUUUAUGUGUGAUAAUGUUGUUUUCAUUUAUUAUUUGCUGAUGGCCAAAGAACAUAUAAUUGUAUGUAAAUCGAGGUAUUUAGUGAAGCUUUUUUCUUGUAUAUUGUGUCCUAUCUAGCAGUUCUUUCUUUUCGUUGUGUUCAUUUUUAGCAUAGUUUUCACUAUUUUUAUUUUUGCGGAGGUGUUAUACUUUGUCAUGCUAGUUUCUGUGCUUCAUUUCAUCCUGAAAUGAACCACAGCAUAUAUGUAUAAAAUACAUUGAAUGUUUGACUUCACUAUGCCAACAUAUUACAUUUGGCAUAAUUUUGUUGCCUGCAACUUUGUGAAAUACAAGCUUUUCUUUGUCAUCUUUCAUGUGCAUGCUUUGGAAAGUGUGAAAAUGAAGUGGGUCACCGAGCAAACUAAAAAGGUUCAACUUUGGGCUGCUAUUUAUUUUGUUUGUACAUCAUAUUGCUUUGUACUGAAGCAUUAAGUGCACACUUUGUUCAUGUCUUUUUUUUUUUUUCAAAAUUUAAAUUGUAUUUUUUACACUGAUAUUGCUACCAUCUUAGAGUGUUGUGCAAAGACUACUGUGUCAAUAAAUCCACCAAAAACUAAAUUGAUUUCUUUGAUCUUCAUUUUACCAAAUAAAAUGUGCGUGAUUAAAUUAUUUUUUGCUGAGAAUUUUAUAGUAUGUUUCAGGCUGAUUAGAUGCAUUUCAGUAUUUUUGUCAACCUUAAUGGAACAUUCGUAGCCUUAAGAGUACUUAUCUGCAUACAUGCCUAUUUGUAGUGUUCUAUAAAAUCUUUGUGCUCCACAUGUGAAAAUAAAACAAAACACUGCAAUUAUCA